UUUUUGUUUCAGAUAUUACUAAACUAACGUCACAGAACUAAGAGUUAAUUAUCUACAAAAGCGAGGGAAAACAUCGAAACUCUUACGCAAACGAAACGAUAUAAAAAGCGCGGGAGAAUGAAUCACCUUCUAAAUAUACUUCUGGUUGUGUCACUUGUUCGAGCAUCGCCUUCACCUCAGGUUGUCGGGAUCAAAAAUAUUCCAAGGCCGCCAACCCCGCAGCCGAAAUUUCCUAUCGAUCCGCCUAAGUCGAUAAACAUGGUGGCGAGAAAUGGUUUGAUAACGAGUGCCGAUUCCCAUGUAUGGAAUUCAAUCAUAUCGAGACUUCUACAGUUGAGACGUGGAGUAAAAAUAAGAAACGUUAUUUCGAUUAAAUUUGACGACACUCCCCCUCCACCCCCCAGCACUACACGAGCAACAACAACAACAACAGCCAGAGUCGGAAGUGGGGCCAGAUUUCUAGGCUUCAGACAAGCUAUACCCCCACCCGGCCUUGAUUCAGCCAUUUCUAAACGUCCUAGUUCGACCCCAACAGCUCGAGCACUGAUCUCAUCGCAGAAGAUUCCUAUCACUGGUGACAUAGGAGCUUGCAGCACAAUUGUAAAAUCAGCCGAACGAAUCAACGAAGGAUAUUUAUAUUUUCCAAGAGGAAGUGCGAAUCGCAAAGUAACUCUGUAUCAAGCACUUGCCACGAGGGACAUAGAGUGCAGAUUCUCGAACCCUCCUCAAGGGUCUGGCAACGAGGAAUGUGUGGUGGUUGGCUAUCCGCAUGGUGCAUGGGUGAGAGCAACACAGGCUGACAUGGCCCAUCAUAACAGAGAAAAUUGUUUUGCGAUUGCUAACUCAUCGGACAUGCAGUGUUGGGACUAUAUUAUUGUACCUGGAUAUUGCGUACUGAAGAAAAAUAGAUAAAAAAUUCGUAACUGCGAUCGCCUAAAUUAUCAUCGGUAAUGACUUAUAACGCGAAUACGGGUUUAUGGGUUAAGGUAGAAGUAAUUUCCAUGAGCAAUAUAACGAACCGACAUCGUGAAUUUGUAUAAAAUAUUGUCAAUUAUUUUUCUAAAUCAGAGUGAUAUCAGACACAAGCAGAUGCUUACAUGGUCGCUUAUAAAAAAAAUUCGCUCCAAUUUAUAUAUUUUUUUGAAAAAGUUAUUUUCAUUUGACCUAUUGGCUCAUAAAACCAAUCCUAUUAGCUUCAUUGUGAUAUAUGAAUCGGGUAUCGGCCUCCGAUACUUGGUCCUCCUCGUCAAGUCCAAACUUAUUACAACCGCCUUAUUUGGAGAGAAUAUUUAGGAAAAUAUCUCAAAAUUGGUAUUUUUAAAAACUUGUAUUUAUCCAAUAUUACGUGUUUAUUUGACGCGGUAAUAAGUUGAACAAAGUUUAAAUAAAAAUAUCCCAUUUGACAUUGACUAUUUAUACCUAUUGCGGGAAACUCCCCUCCUCAGCAGCUUUCGCCACAACCACGCCACACUGGCACAUAUAUAGCAUUAAUGCAUCUUUUAUUUUCAAACAUAACUUAUUAUACGUACUAUCUGCACAGUUAUUAUCUUUAUUUAUUUCUUAUUUACCCAGAGUUAAUUACCACUGUACUAUAUUCAUGUGUUAAUUAGUGCGAACGCUUAAUUUUUACGGUCUUAUGAGAUCUUAUCUAUGAGUUUCCAAAAAAUGUUUUGCAAUGAAUACUCGUUGUAACAAAUCCCCGUGAGUAUUAUAAUAUUAAUUCGAAUACCGAAUAUCAAGUGUGCCUGAAUUUAUCAAAAUUGUAUACUGCAUGACAUCCUAUUUGAAAUCAUACAAAAAACAAUUUCUCGUCUUCAAAUUGUUUCAUCAAUUUGGUGAAUAUAUUUUAAUCGUCGUGACUUUUUGAACAAACCAACAAAUUUUGAAAUGAAAAUAACUUGAAGUUUUUUUGGAACAAAAAAUUAGCCUAUUAAACAAUAGAAAUUACGAAUGUGUUAGGAGAGCAAAAAUGCGAAAGCAUUUUAUAAAUAAAAUAUGUUCCCGAUUAUUAAACAGUUUACCACUAUAACAGAAUUUAUAUUUUAUUUGUAUCAAAUUGUUAAAUAUAUUGAAUAUUAUGGGCUAUAUUUAUUAUUUAUAAUCGGAAUAUUUUUCAUCUUUGUGAACUCAACGUUGCAUUUUUUAAUAA